UAAAAUUUUAAUAAGAAGUUAUGAAUGUUCCCAGAAAAAGACGCCGUUUCUGAUUCGAAGAAUAAGAAUCAUCAAGAACUGAUUUAUAUCUACCCAUUCCCAAAACUAGAAUUGAAGUUCCCAAGUAAAUCCUUAUUCGUGAAUCCUUAGAUACCCAAUAGAAAAAAACAAAAGAAAAGAAAAGAAAAGGCUCCCUUUUAAGUAAUUCACCAGGGAUAGAUCGUUGAGAGGUCCAGUCCCAGAUGGGCCAUUCUUUUACAACACUUUGAUUGAAAAGUUGAAGAAAAGCAAAUACUUCUGUUACGCGCGCUUUGUCUUUGUCUUUGCCUUUGCCAUUGACUGGAUAGACUUGCCAGAGAAACUGUUAUGAAACAACUUAGCAAAUAAGUUUCUUUCUUUUAUUAGAAAAAAAUAUCUUUUUUUAUAAAGGCCUGGUCUUGGACUUGGAUGGAGGAAGUUGCUGUUUUACAAUCAUUGAGCUACUAAAGGCUUGUUCUUGCAGUUUGACCAACUGGGCUGUUUUAACUUAGGCUUAAAAAUCUUGAUGGCAACACGGCAUGCUGAAUCUUCGUCUUCAAGGGAAUCGCUGUCUAGAGGUGCAGAUGAUGAUACUGUUUAUGUUGCAGUAGGAAAAGACUUCGAAGAAAACAAGUUGAAUUUGUUAUGGGCAUUAGAGAACUUUCCUGGCAAGAAAUUUUGUAUUCUUCAUGUUCAUCAGCCUGCUAAAAUGAUCCCUUUGGUUGGUGGACAAUUUCCAGCUAGUAGACUUAACCAACACGAGCUGAGGGAAUUCCAAGAACUUGAAAGGAAGAUUAUGCACAAGAUCCUGGAUGAUUACCUUUCUUUGUGUCACCAAGUAGAAGUCCAUGCAGAAAAGCUGUGUACUGAGAUGGAUGAAAUUGGGAGGGGCAUUUUGGAACUCGUUUAUCAGCAUGACAUUAAGAAGCUUGUUAUGGGAGCAGCAGCAAACAAGCACUAUUCAGACGAAAUGAUGGAUCUCAAGUCCAAGAAGGCCAAAUAUGUCCAGCGACUUGUGCCUCAUUCCUGUCAGAUUUGGUAUAUCUGCAAGGGCUACUCCAUAUGCUCUUGGGAAGCUAAUUCUACAUCCUCUGCCACCAAUGGGUUUGGAGACUCAACAUCUUUUUUGCAUCACAGAACUGAAGGAGGCGGACUUGAGUUAGAAUCACGUGAAGUGCCAGAAUCAGAGGAUGAUACUCAUAAUGUCGACAUAUUGGAUGGUAGUAGUAUUGAUCAACUUUAUGGUCAAGCAAUGUUGGAAGCUGAAAAAUUUAAACAAGAAGCAUUUGAAGAGUAUCUUAGGCGGGGGAAAGCUGAAAAGACUGCCAUUAAGGCCGUUUGCAGGGCUAAAGCAUUGGAAAGCUUGUAUGCUAGGGAGUUGAGGUACAGGAAAGAAACUGAGGAAGCACUAGCAAGAGAGAAGGAAGACCAUCAAAGGACAAAAAAACAGCGGGAUGAGGAUCGAUUGGUUACUAUGGAUCAGAGAUUAUUACAACAAAUCCAAGUUUCAGAGUUGAAUGAUGAGAUUUUUUCUGUUGUGGAACAGUGCAAAGAAUAUAAGAAAGAAAGAGAUAUGUUGCAGGUAGAGCAAGACAAUGUUUUCAAAUUAGUGCAGGAGCUUUCAGGAACGCAAGCAGGUGGCGCCUCAUGUUCACAAAUGCACGAGUCUCUCUUCAACUUCUCUAUGUCAGAAAUUCUGGAAGCAACUUGCAACUUUGACCCAUUGUUGAGGAUUGGGGAAAGUGGCCAUGGGGACAUUUAUAAAGGCAUUGUUCGUCACACUGCAGUAGUUAUAAAGGUGCUGAGCUCAGAUAGCACGGAAGGGCCUAUAGAGUUUCAACAGGAGGUUGAAUUAUUGAGUAAAUUGAGGCAUCCUAAUGUGGUCAUCCUCAUUGGUGUAUGCUUAGAGGCUUGUGCUUUAAUUUAUGAAUGUUUGCCAAAUGGAAGCCUUGAAGACCGACUCAGUUGUAACGACAACAGUUCCCCCUUGCCUUGGCAAGCUCGAACACUCAUAGCAAUUCAGUUAUGCUCUAUCCUUAUAUUCCUCCAUUCAAGUAACCCUGACAGCAUUGUACAUGGUGAUCUAAAGACGGGAAAUGUUCUCCUGGAUGAUAACUUUGCAUGCAAACUCAGUGACUUCGGAAUUUGUCGAGCAAAUUCUCUUCUUGAAAAUUCAAGGGGCGCCACUUGCGACCACCUGGAUCCUCAUUUCCUUACUACAGGAGAACUGUCUCCCACGUCGGACACUUACUCAUUUGGAAUUAUAUUGUUCCAGUUAUUGACAGGAAGAUCAGCCUUUAGCGUAGUAAAUGAUAUCAGAGAUGUCAUAGAUGAGGGAAGUGUAAGUUUGUUCUUGGAUCCCUUAGCUGGAGAUUGGCCAAUUGUACAAGGGAAGCAAUUGACUCGUCUGGCUUUGAAUUGCUGCAAUAUGAACCCAAGUAGCCGACCAGACCUUGUGUCAGAGGUGUGGAGGGUGCUUGAACCAAUGAGAGCAUCUUGCUCAACAUCGCUCCAGUUUGGUUCUCAAGAUACUGAACAGCCUCCAUCGUACUUCGUUUGUCCUAUUUUACAGGAAGUGAUGCAAGAUCCUCAUGUGGCAGCAGAUGGAUUUACCUAUGAAGCAGGGGCUCUGACUGGCUGGCUGGAGAGUGGCCACAACACUUCGCCUAUGACAAACCUCGUGCUUCCGCAUUUAAAUCUUGUUCCCAACCGUGCUCUUCGUUCUGCAAUUCAGGAGUGGCAGCAACAGCAUUGAAAUUCCUUAAAUGAUUCCUGAUCUUAAGGUUUGCAGUCGGCAGUCAUGUUCAGUGUAAUGCAGGAAAGAAAGCAGAAGCACCGAAUUGUAGUUUGCUUGCUUAUCGUGGAAAGUAUAUAUAUAUAUAGUUUCAUGUU